GGCUGCCGGCACGCGAUUGCUUCUGUCUGGCGGCGGCAGCAUGGCGGCGGGGGCGGCUGAGGCAGCUGUAGCGGCGCUGGAGGAGGUCGGCUCAGCCGGGCAGUUUGAGGAGCUGCUGCGCCUCAAAGCCAAAUCCCUCCUUGUGGUCCAUUUCUGGGCACCAUGGGCUCCACAGUGUGCACAGAUGAACGAAGUUAUGGCAGAGUUAGCUAAAGAACACCCUCAAGUUUCAUUUGUGAAGUUGGAAGCUGAAGGUGUUCCUGAAGUAUCUGAAAAAUAUGAAAUUAGCUCUGUUCCCACUUUUCUGUUUUUUAAGAAUUCUCAGAAAAUCGACCGAUUAGAUGGUGCACAUGCCCCAGAGUUGACCAAAAAAGUUCAGCGACAUGCAUCUAGUGGCUCCUUCCUACCCAGCGCUAACGAACAUCUUAAAGAAGAUCUCAACCUUCGCUUGAAGAAAUUGACUCAUGCUGCCCCCUGCAUGCUAUUUAUGAAAGGAACUCCUCAAGAACCACGCUGUGGUUUCAGCAAGCAGAUGGUGGAAAUUCUUCACAAACAUAAUAUUCAGUUUAGCAGUUUUGAUAUCUUCUCAGAUGAAGAGGUUCGACAGGGACUCAAAGCCUAUUCCAAUUGGCCUACCUAUCCUCAGCUCUACGUUUCUGGAGAGCUCAUAGGAGGACUUGAUAUAAUUAAGGAGCUAGAAGCAUCUGAAGAACUGGAUACAAUUUGUCCCAAAGCUCCCAAAUUAGAGGAAAGGCUCAAAGUGCUGACAAAUAAAGCUUCUGUGAUGCUCUUUAUGAAGGGAAACAAACAGGAAGCAAAAUGUGGAUUCAGCAAACAAAUUCUGGAAAUACUAAAUAGUACUGGUGUUGAAUAUGAAACAUUCGAUAUAUUGGAGGAUGAAGAAGUUCGGCAAGGAUUAAAAGCCUACUCCAAUUGGCCAACGUACCCUCAGCUGUAUGUGAAAGGGGAGCUGGUGGGAGGAUUGGAUAUCGUGAAGGAACUGAAAGAAAAUGGUGAAUUGCUGCCUAUACUGAGAGGAGAAAAUUAAUAAAUCUUAAACUUGGUGCCCAACUAUUGCAAGAAGUAUUUAAUUACAUUGGAAGCAGUUCAUGAUUUAGUCCUCAGAAAUGGACUAGGAAUAGAAAAUUCCUGCUUACUCAGUUACAUGUUUUGUGUAUUUCACAAUGUCGUGCUAAAUAAAUGUAUGUUACAUUUUUUCCCACCAAAAAUAGAAUGCAAUAAACAUCUUCAAAUUAUUAACAAUAA